CCCCACCCAUCCCACCCCGCUCCUUCCCACUCCUCUCCUUCACCACCUCUACACACCACCGCCCGCCAAUAACCUCGACUCCCCUCACUACUCCCCAUACACACACGCCAAAAUGCUUAUCUUCAAGGAUAUCCUCUCCAACGAUGAGAUGAUCUCGGAUGUGUACGACCUCAAGGAGGUCGAUGGUACCCUCUACGAGGCAGACUGUGCCAUGAUCACGAUCAAGAAGGGCGCUGAUGUCGAUAUCGGUGCCAACGCUUCCGCCGAGGAGGCCAGCGAGGAGCUCGAGGAUGGUCAGGAGACCGUCAACAACAUCGUCCACUCGUUCCGUCUCAACUCGACCAACUUCGACAAGAAGGGCUACCUCACCUACCUCAAGGGCUACAUGAAGGCGGUCAAGAGCAAGAUGCAGGAGAAGGGCAAGUCGGCGGAGGAAGUCGCCAGCUUCGAGAAGCGCGCCGCCGCGGCCGCCAAGAAGCUGAUCGCCAACUUCAAAGACUACGAGUUCUACAUGGGCGAGUCGAUGGACGUCGACGGCAUGGUUGCGCUCCUCAACUACCGCGAGGACGGUGUAACGCCCUACAUGAUCUUCUGGAAGGACGGUCUGGUGCAGGAGAAGGUUUAAAUAUCGAAUCGGUUUUUUCUUUCUUUCUGGAUUGGGAUUUAGGAUGGCCAUGGUGUUGUGGUUGUGUGUGUUCUGUACGGUGGAGCGAAAACAAAAUAAUUGACGAUGCGAUGCGGGGGAUUGAAGAGCAUCUGACUGACGGCGGACGGUGGACGCGGGUGGUGAUGUGAUGUGAUGUGAUGAUGCGAUCCCUACGUGCGAUCUAAUUGAGGAAUCGGCGCACAGUUCCCACUCUGCCUGAGUACUACCGAAAUACACGCCUACUCUACUCUACUCUGCUACACAUAGAGAUGUCGAAAUCUCCAUGUAGAUACAUAGAGUACAUAGAGUGUUGACA